AUGGCGCAAGCCAUUGAACAUGAUCUUCCUCAACCAGACGUCCGACGUGUUCGUGAGUGGACGUGGCGAGACCUCAAGCGCCUUCCUACAGAAGAACUUGAGAAGUGGAAAGCCGCUAUGCGUGAAGAACUAGAGGCACUUCGCAAGCGUGGCACCUUUGAGUACGUGGACCGACCAAGGAACCGUCGCGUUAUUAAGAACCGAUGGGUCUUUGAUGAGAAGCCCGAUGGUCGUUUAAAAGCGCGACUAGUCGCUAAAGGCUUUACGCAGGUCGAAGGUGUUGACUUUGACCAAGUCUUCUCCCCGGUUGUUCGCUUUGAGUCCUUGAGGCUCAUCCUUGCGCUCUGUGCGCUAAAGGACAUACAUAUCCUCGGUGUCGAUGUUCGCAACGCUUACCUGUAUGCUGAACUUGACGAGGAAAUCUACAUGGAGCAACCUGAGGGAUUUGCCUUACCGGGAAAGGAGCACCUCGUCAUUAGACUGAGACGUGCCCUAUACGGUCUCAAACAGGCUGGACUAGAAUGGUGGAAAGCCAUGUCUAAGUCCAUGGAGGAACUCGGCUUCAGCCGUUUACACUCCGACGCCGGCAUCUUCAUCUACACGGACAAGAAGACUGGCGCUAAAUGCAUUGCCGUCGUCUAUGUAGAUGAUGCCCUAUUCUGCAGUGCAGACCGAGCUCUUGCUGAGAUGCUGAAGAAGCGGUUCAUGGCAAAGUGGGAAUGCAGGGAUCUUGGCGAUGCUAAGGAGUUCCUACGUAUGCGCAUCACUCGGAAGGGCCAGAUCAUUGCCAUUGAUCAGGUUGACUACCUUGAGAAGUUGCUGCAGCGUACUGGAAUGACUAACGCCAAAGCGGCUUCUACACCGCUCCCUGCAGGCUAUUAUCCUGAACCCAACAAGGGGGAGGUUGAUCCCGCUCUUCGCCAACGGUAUCAAACCGUCAUUGGUUCGCUUCUCUGGAUUAUGCUGGGCACGCGCCCAGAUAUAUCCUUUGCAGUCACUAAGCUGGCGCAAUACUCAGCAAACCCGUCUGAUGAGCAUCUGAAGAAAGCUCUCCAUGUGUGCCGCUACCUUGUAGGCACCAAGGAUUACCGUCUUGUUUAUGACGGCAGACGCGGUGUUGGCGUACAUGCCAUGACAGACUCGGAUUGGGGUUCUGACCCAACCACUCGGCGAUCGCAGACUGGCUAUUUUGUGUCUCUCGCCUCGGGUGCCUUCUCAUGGACCUCACGCGCACAGAAGACUGUUGCGCACUCCUCUACAGAGGCAGAAUACAUGGCGCUCAGUGAUUGUAGCCGCCAAGUAGUCUGGGUCCAUCAGCUCUUCAAGGAGCUGGGCUACCGUGUGCAGCCUAUUGAGAUCAGCGGGGAUAAUCAAGGCUCGAUCUUUAUCGCCUCAAACCCCGUGGUGGAUAAGCGCUCGAAGCAUGUUGACAUCCGGUACCAUUAUAUCCAGGAAGUCAUUGCUCGCGGCCUCGUUGAGGUUACAUACAUACCUGGCGAGGAUAAUCCAGCUGAUCUUCUUACCAAGAAUCUAGCGCGCACAAAGUUUGAGAAGUUCCGGUCAAUGUACGGCUUAUACUUCCCAAAGAAGAAGCCUGAAUAG